AGUUAUCUUAAAUUACUUCCACCAAAAAUCGGGAAUAUUACAGGGGCAGAAGAUUUGAAAAGAUCUUUAACGUGGGAAGUAUAUUGCACUACGUCUGUAGUAUACGUUACUGGUUGUUCUGUUGACAUUGUUCUUAACUGUCCUGCAGUGCGAAUGAGCGACCUUGUCGCGCAAGGAAAAUUGUCUUUGAAGCGGAAGUCAUAUGAGCCUGAAGAGUCUGACGAGCCUGAACAUAAUAAAAAGAGAAAGAAUGCAACAGAAUCUGUAUAUGACAAUAAAAUGUCUCAGCGAUGGUCUCCAGACCAUGUAAAAAAAUUCCUUAAAUCUCGCGUGAAAGAUUCGGAUUUUAAUGAAACUGAUAUUAAAAAUCUAGAAGCAAGAUCUUUUGAUAGAGAUUUUCUCUGUUUAACUGAAGAGAAAUUAACUCGUAAACCUGGCCUUUACGAAUUCAAACCAAGUACAGCAGAAGGAAUUAUGGAAUUAGUUGAAGAGAACUAUGAAAAAUCAUGA